GCUACAUUCUAACUAAACUUCCCUAACGUUAGCAAGAAUCCAAAAAUUAGCUACUAAUAAUCACUGAAUCUAGCAAGAUAAAAAAGAAGUUUAAGGUUGACUUAGUCAUAAUACAUAAGAUUGCUAUGUCCGAGCAGGAAAAUAUAGAGGAUGAUGUGCAACCAAAAGAAUCUGCAGGUUUGGUGGUGUCCUAUAUUUUUCCUAAUGGUGACAGAUAUGCUGGAGAAUGCAGUAAAUCAUCUGAGGGGACUGUGAAGAGGGGUGGCACAGGCAUCCACACAUCAGCAAAGGGGCUCAUUUACACUGGGGAGUGGAAGGAUGACAAGAUGAAUGGCAGUGGGAGACUGGAAUAUCCCUCUGGGGCGGUUUACGAAGGGGAGCUCAAGGAUAACAUGUUCCACGGCAAGGGGACAUACACGUUCCUGAACGGGUCCAAAAUCACCGGCAGCUUUAACAAGAACAAGUUAGACGGCGAAGGAGAAUACACAGACACUCAGGGGCUUGUGUGGGUAGGAAGUUUUCAUGACAGAUCUGUGUCAGACCUGAAAUUGAAAGUCAACAUGUAAAUAAUGAAGAGUUUGACAUUAGCACAUUCUUCUAGUAUCACCUGUCAUUGCAUAAUAGGGCACUAGACAGGAAUGCAGUUGCAUUAGAAUCCACAAAACAACGAGGAAAGA